CAAUGGAUUGUUUGGCGACAAAUCAUAUCCUUUGAUAUUAAGGAAUUAAAGAAGAACACAUUAUCCAAUUAUUAAAGAUGGCUACCAAUUCAAAUGUAUUCACCGACAAGGAGACCAAUAACUGGUUCAAGGCGUGCAUAGCACUUAAUGUGACGAAGGAAGGAUUGACUAACUUUGUGGACAAAGAAAUAAAAAAGGUCCAUAAUGCUAUUGGGAGAAGUUGUGGGAAUUGCUUGACCGAGAAUUUGGUUAAAUGUCCAACUAAAGGAACAUGUAAACAGUUUGCAAAUUGCAACUUCCAUAAUUCAAUAACGAAACGAACCAGACAAUGUCCCCGCAAUCUGUGUAAUUCGGUUAUGAAAAACAUCAUCACCCAACAUAGAUACAAUGGACCUUCUUGGAUCAACACCAACGCGAAACAAUGGUCGACCAAUCACUGGCAAAUCGCCAAAUGUUUUUUCCCACCGGAUGGAUAUAUUAAUGUUUCGUCAGUACAAGCAACGGACUUCAAUGGUGUCAUCAGCGUGCUUCUUAACUGCAAACACUUUGACAAUUGUUUUUCGUUUACCAUCGCACCGAAAGAACCGGCACCGAAAUGCGUUUUAACACAGGCCCGUGAAUUAGGCCGAACUAUUCGUCACACACCCGACUGCAAAGUCACAGACGCUGAACUAGUUGACUACCUACAUACAUUGGACACGCUUCUGGCUGAUCCAAAGUUUUUAGCACAGGAUCCUGCUGCUACAUUGGCCAGAACUAAACUAGCGAAUUUACAGAAGGACGGAGUUAUCUUAACUAAGGCUGAAUUCGAUGAAUAUUUGAAAGAGCUGCAUCGAUUACUGAUAAAGGCACAACAGACCGGUGAACAGAUUUCCCUUGCAAAAGAAUCUGUGUUGCAAGAGAUUUCUACAUACAUGAAUGUACAUACGACGGAUGGCUUACUUGAGAUAGAAAAGAAGACACAUGAGGCCAUACAACGGAUUGGUAAAGAAGUAAUAAAACAGACAACUGCAAACUACGAACAAGCUUCACAAGAAUUUGCACGGCGUAUUAAGCGUUUCUACGCUGAGAAUUUAAUGCACGUGCCGGUUUCACCAUUGUUACCAAGCUGCGAUAAAGAUCUACGAGAAAUGUAUGUAACUCCAAUAAUAUACAGAAUAGAACAACUUCAAGAUGGUUCACGCAAGAAAACCGAUCAAAUUUACACAUACAAAGACAUAAUCUGCCAAGAGGAUAUGUCUAUUCGAAGAGUAUUCUUACAAGGCGAGCCCGGCACAGGUAAAUCUACAUUUGCUGCAAAAUUGGUUCUAGACUGGUGUUCAGAGCUUCCUCAAUCAAAAGACCCAUAUGAACAAGACGCCGAAUUUGACGAUGUUACAUCACUGCAUGAAUUCAAAUUCGUUUUUCACAUCGCGUUAAGAAAUUCAAUUGAUCAGCGUGAGAUAGAGACGAUGAUUAAAGAUCAAAUUAUAGACAUGAUAUAUGCGAAAGAAGAUCGUUCAGACGCCUGCAAACUUGUUCAACAAAUAUUUGAAAAAGAAAAAUGCCUUUUGGUUCAAGAUGGUCUUGACGAUUGGGUCGAUUCAAAAGGCAAAGUUGCUCAACCGAUAAUGAUACCUCAUGGUAAUCAAUGUACAAUAUUUAUCACAACUCGGCCGUGGAAAAUGUCUGAUGAUCGGAUUAAAGACUCACAAAUUGAUGGUCUGGUUGAACUAGACGGAGUAAAUGACCCUUUCAAGCUAAGUGAACGGAUUAUGGGUUGUCUCGUGUUUGAUGAGUUAGAAGGUAAACACGAUGAAUUCAAAACUCACAUAAUGAAAACAUGUGGAUUAAAGGAAUUGAUAACUUCACCAAUGAUGGUUGCAUUACUUGUAUGCUCGUGGCUAGAUGGAAUACACUUGAAAGGAUCCUUGUGUGAAAUAUACAGCAUUCUGAUCGAUAGUCUUAUUAAAAAGGCAAGCAAUAUAACUGGUUAUUUUCAUCCGCCACCAGUCAAGUGUUUUAAAGACACAAACUAUAUACAACCAAACAUUGCAUUUAUACAAGCUCUUUCAAAAACAGCUUUUGCAUUACUGUUUUCGGAUGCAAAGGAAAGCUCGAUAGUGUUUAGCGAAAAUAUUUUGUUAUCAUAUGUGUCAAACGAACACAAAAACUUUGCUCUCAAAGCUGGUAUUUUAUUGGAAAGAAAAACAUCAGGGUUUACUAAACGAUCAAUCACGUGCUCAUUCAUCCAUAAGACUUUACAAGAAUUUCUAGCUGCUUACCAUAUCGCAAGAAAUGAAAAGAUGAUCGAUGAUGUAAUUUUCAGGUACCUUAACGCAUUUUCUGACGCGUUUCUCGAAAUAUCUCAGGUAUUUGUCUUUUUAUGUGGAUUAAACAUUAAAGCAGCGAACCAACUUUCAUGUUUAAUAAAUCAGAAAACCAAAGCAAUUGGUCCAGAUACUGAUGUAAGUCGCAAACUACAACACAUGGUGAUCAAUGGAUACGAAGAAGCAAAUGCCAACCAAUAUACGCACAAAGACAUAUGUUUACAACUUACUCACUUUUAUUUUGACUAUACAGUGAACAAAGAUCAAAACGCCUUAUCGUGCAUCAUGGAAGCAAAUGCAUCACGUGUUCUGUCAUUGGGCGUUGCUGAUCGAGCAGAAACAUCGGCACAGGCUUGUGUGCUAAGAGACGCACACGUAUUGAGUAAGCUAAUAAAAUCGGUUUGCAAAUGUCUAAAAUAUUUGUAUUUAGAUGUAGACAUUGUUGAAAAAAAAAUGGACCUAUCGUCUUGCCGCAAAUUAGAAACUGUAUGUGUCAAUGGAGCUGUGAAUCUGUCCCGGGGUUGUUUUUUAACACUUACGGAUCUAAAACACCUUACACUUACACUGUGUUGCACGUGGAAUCGAUUAGACCUUUCAUCCUGUCAACAUUUAAGAACAUUAGAUCUCAGUGGACCAGGAACCUUAUUACCUACCGCACUAAACAGCCUAAAGAGACUUGAACAUCUUACGCUAUCCUGCGCGUGUGUUGGUCUGGACUUGUCACAUUGCCACGAAAUUGAAACAAUUGAACUCAGAGGAGAGAUCACCUUGCAACCGAAAACCCUAUCUAAACUAACUAAACUAACAAGUAUUGUUUUAUAUCGAACGAACAAAAUAUUUUUAAAAAAUUAUAAAACUCCUGAAAAAUUUACACUACCACUUGCGCCAUCUAUCAAGCAUUUAAAACUUGUACACUGCAACCUGCAAUCCGAUGUGCUUUGUCAUUUGUUUGACACCUUGUCGAUGUUUGAUCGCAAUGUGACAUGCACGCUUUAUGCGCUUAUAAUUUUUGAAAAGGAUCAGGAAAGGAUCAGACACACAGGGAAUCAAACUUAUAAGGCGUGUAUUCAUUUGAUAUGUGAUGAAGACAGUUUUUUUUUAUACGAGGCACUGGAAAACAUGAGGAUUCGGAGUCUGAGUCUGGAGAGCGUGAACGAUUUGUCAAUAUUUCAAGAAACAAUAAAAACAAUCACGGGUUUGGAAAAGCUUCGCAUUGUUGUCAACACAUUCGCAAUUGUCAACACAUGCACAAAAGCCGGGUUUGAGCUGCCCCUUUCGGUAAACCAUAUGCUACUGGUAUUCCUAUCUUUGACGCCGUCAGGGCUUCAAGUGCAGUUGGAUAAACUCAAAGAAGGAACACAAAAUUGUUUGGAUGUUGUAUUAAUGUUUGGCUGUGAAGGUCCAUUGGACCAGUAUAAAAAUAUUCUAACCCAGCUUGAGGCAUUCACAAAUGUACACUUUGAGAAGUAUGAAAUACUUGAUAGAAGGAAUAUUCACAGUUAUAAAACUGAUGUUACCGAUGAUGAUGCAGAGAAAAACGAUUUGAGGAAUUUGGAGGAUGAUAGCAAAGAGGACACGAACUUCAUCCGUAAAGUGCGGUUCCAAGCUGAGAAAAUAAUAAAGAUAGCAUUACAUUUUAAUUAAGAUUUUUACUUGAACUAUAUCAUUUAUAUAACAGUAAGCCUCUACUGCAUGUGGACAGUUAGAUCCACGAAUUCACUGUUUCCAACGAACAAUUACUCCAUAAGAAACUUUCAAUAUCUUGGAGAAAUAAGUGAUAAUAUUACACUAUUUAUUUACUUUAACAUGUAUGUAUUGAUGAUCGAUUCCAUUCAUUUUUAAUUCCUAAAUUUAGUUGUCAACUGGAUAUAUGCACUGCAAAAAUCACCAAAUUUUGAGUUUUAUAAUUCAAUGUAUGUAUUUGAUGAGACGAUUACUUGUUGAAUUUAUUUUGGUAUGUACUGGUGUUGGAUAAUUCAAAAUUUGUGUGCUUUAUUUUCCAAUUCAGAGAACUGUUUUUUUUAAUAAACAUA